AUGGGCUUCGACGACAGCGGCGGUCCCAGGUCGAACGACUAUCCAUCGGAGACUUCACCACUGAUUUCAAGGACCACGGUCCAAGCUGUAACACCCAGGAAUGGCAUUGCACCCGAAGCACCGCUCUCCAAUGGAACUUUCGAAGCAUGUCGUGACCCUUUUACAUAUGGCAAGACUCCUGCCGUCAACGAAAGUGCACUCGAACGCCAGAACUCUCAAGACACUAUCGAGAUCCGACAGAGACAGUACGAAGGCUUACCAGAAGUCAAAAAGAAUCUCAAGUACAUUUUCCCAGCCCUAGCAAUCGGUAUUUUCCUCUCCGCCGCAGACCAGACGAUUAUAGUUUCGUCUUAUGGCAAAAUCGGAUCGGAACUGAACGCCCUGUCUUCAACGUCCUGGAUAGCCACGGCAUAUUUUCUGACAUUGACUUCGUUUCAGCCUCUUUACGGCAAACUCUCCGAUAUCUUUGGCAGAAAGUCAUGUCUUCUCUUUGGGUAUACGAUAUUCGGGCUUAGCUGUCUGGGUUGUGGACUGGCUGGGGAUAUAACGCAGCUCAUCGCAGCUCGAGCCUUCGCUGGCAUCGGGGGCGGAGCAAUGACCACAGUUGUCUCGAUUGUGUUCAGCGAUAUCUGCACACUUCGAGAGAGAGGACAGUGGCAGGGCUACAUCAAUAUUAUCUUCGCGGCAGGAGCAGGCGCAGGAGCGCCUCUAGGGGGACUCGCAGCAGACUAUAUUGGCUGGAGAUUCGCGUUUAUGGCUCAAGUACCAAUGUGUGCACUGGCCUUUAUUGCUGUUGCCUUUACUCUCAACUUACCGCAGCGAAAAGCAUCACAAUCGAUAGAUUGGCGUAAGAAGCUGCGCCGCAUCGAUUUCUUUGGUGUUGCGACAAUUAUCGCCGCUGUCUUUACGCUGCUCUUGGGGUUUGAUGCUGGUAGCAACGAGAGCUGGACUUCCCCUAUCGCCAUCGGUUCGCUCGUCGGCAGUCUUUCGCUUUGGAGCCUCUUCCUCGUCGUUGAAAUGAAAAUCGCCAUCGACCCCAUCGCUCCAGGCCGCAUCAUAUUCAAUCGGACCAUGAUUGCCUGCUAUGUCUGCAACUUCUUCAGCCAGGCAGGCUGGUUAAGCACCCUGUUCUAUGUGCCAUUGUACUUCCAAGCCAUCGACCACAUCACAGCUACGGGCGCCGGUAUUCGUCUUCUUCCCAGUGUCCUGUGCAGUGUCUCGGGGUCUCUCUUCGCUGGUUACUAUAUGAGAAGAGCAGGAAAGUUUUACUGGCUCACCGUCAUCUCUUAUGCCGCUCUUACCCUCGGUCUCAUCGGCAUCUUCCUCUCCUCUGGUGCAGUCAUAAACAGCUCUGUCGGAAUCAUCAUUGCAAUGUGUAUAGGUGGCUUUGGAAACGGCAACGGUAUCACCACCACCCUCAUCGGUCUCAUCGCCAAUGCCUCUCAUGAGGAUCAGGCCGUCGCGACAGCUUGUAGUUACUUGUUCCGCUCACUUGGCAGUACCUUUGGAGUCGCCAUGUCAGCAACCGUCGCGAAUUACGUUUUGCGCGCAGACCUUUCGUCUCGUUUGCCAGCAUUAGGACUGCCUGAAGAUCAGGCUGUCGAGAUCGCCGAGCGUGUAAGGGAAAGUUUGGCGUAUUUGAAGAACUUGGAUCCAAGAAUUCGGGAAGUUGUUGUGCAGUGUUUUGCGAAAAGCACGAACGCGGCGUUCGGAUUGCAAGUUGUUCUUGUUUUCGGUGCGGCGGUCGCUGCUUGGGGGAUUAGAGAAAAGGCGCUCAGUAAAUGA